AUGUCUGUGGCCCGUCCAAAGUUCAAAGCUCAAAGUCCAAAGAAAGCACACUCGAAAGGUAAACAUGUUCAGCCAACUGCUGCAAAGUCAAAAGCAAAACCAGUUGCGAAACCAAAGGCUCGUCAGGUGAAAGAAAACAAAAAGAAGGCUUGUCAGGUGAAAGAGACCAAAAAGAAAGGCCUCAAAAAUGACUACAACAACAUAUACAGUCGUACGUACCACUGGUACAAGAGAUCUGGAGCUACGAAAGAACAGGCUGGACGCAGUCUUUUUGAAACCAUGUUUUUUUGGGGGGGUGGACCUUGA